GUGUGAGCAAAGUCUCCAAGAGUCAAAUUCGCAGCACUCCACAUCAGCACUUUGUGCUGUGCAGACCCUGAGCAGGGAGCGUGUGGGCCCUGGAUACCCUGAGGUUCAAGAGCUAUUGAGCCUUCUGCAACACCCUCCGACCCAAGGACCAGAGAAGGCAACCCCCCCGUUCCCAUUGCUGCAAGGCUCUGUGGAGUGCCCUGUGUAUGUGAGCCGAAGCUAUUCUGCUCCAACAGAGAGAUCUGGGCUCAGAUCCUUGAGUUGGUGGAAGGAGUCAGGUCUGCUUGCGCACAACAUCUCCACCAGGGGAAAAUCCCUCGAACAGCAUGCCUCUUGCAGGAACCCCACCUCCCCACAAGAAGAGAAAGCCUACUAAACUCAUUUUAGAACUAACCCAAGAAGCCAUGCCACAAGAAGGGUCGAAGCUGAACCUGGGCAAGAAGAUCAGCGUGCCCAGGGAUGUGAUGCUGGAAGAACUCUCUCUACUUACCAACAGGGGAUCCAAGAUGUUCAAACUUCGCCAGCUGAGGGUGGAGAAGUUCAUAUACGAGAACAACCCAGAUGUUUUCAUCGACAGUUCUGUGGAUCAUUUUCAAAGAUUCAUCCCAUCUGGACACUAUGGAGUUGAUUCUCAUGGAUAUUCCCAGACUGGAGGGAGGAUGGUGAGCGGUGUAACUGUAGGGCGAUAUGGAUCCGAUAAACUGCAUUAUCCUCCUGCCCCUCCUCCGAAGCCUGGAAGCAAAGGUGGACCUGGAGGGACUGGAUCAGGGGGAAGUGGAGCUGGCCACACUGAGGGAUCCGCUGGCACAGGGGGAGGCGUGGAUAGUGAAGGACAUGACACCACCGGUGGAAAAGGUGAUAACAAAGGUGGGAGUGGGAAACACGUCUCCAUUUUUAAGACCUACAUCUCUCCUUGGGAACGAGCUCUGGGCCUUACACCCCAAGAGAAAAGUCAAUUCAGAAUUGACCUCUUGUCUUACGGCAACAAAGCAGACCUUCGCGCUUAUAAAUCUUUCAAUAGGACUGCAAUGCCUUAUGGGGGAUAUGAGAAGGCAUCCAAGCUGAUGACCUUCCAAUUGCCUGAAUUUGAUGCUGGCCCAUUGGUUCCUGAACCUGUCAUUGUGUACAAUCAAGAAAUCACCAACAGACCCUCUUUCAACAGGACCCCCGUACCUUGGCAGGGGUCUGGAGAGCCUGCUGAAUACAACAUAGAAGUGAAUGUGCCUCUGGCAGGUGAAACAGAAGAAUUAUAAAACCUCCUCUUUCCUUUCUGACCUAUCUACCCAUUUGCAAGUCUGUUACAAGGUGUUACAAGGAGCUAAAAAUGCAAGGAUUCCACCGUCACCUUUGUCCUUAAAACAGCCAAAUUCCCAUGGGGUUCUAACAUAUUUUUGUUGUGGUAUUUAUCUAUACCAGAGGUAAAAGAAAAAACACUGAAAUAUGAAGGGGGGGAGAGGGACUGGGAGAGAGAGAGAGAGAGAAAGAGAGAGAGAAUGGCUUAUGUAUGUGCCCUCCAAGACAACAUCAAAGAGACAGCUGUAUGAUCAUUAAAGAUAUUAUACACUGCCUGCCUGCUCUGCACUGAGUUUGAUCUUGUUCUGUCAUUUGGCAAUGUGAAAUAAAGCAUCUAGAAAGAAA